UGGUGUCAGUGCAUUUAAGUAAACAAUAGAAUAACAAGGUGUCAGGAAAUGCCAAGUGAAAGGGAAAGAGUUGUACCUGUGGCUUCGGCCUCCUAUUCAAAUCUGGUUGGUUUUAUUUUUAUAUUCAAUCUUAUUGUUGGAACGGGAGCAUUAACACUUCCUGGAGUGUUUGCGAAGGCAGGAUGGUUUCUCGGUUUGGUCGUAAUAUUAUUGCUGGCAAUUAUGAGUUACAUGACAGUCACAUUUAUUAUUGAAGCGAUGGCUGGAGCCAAUGCAAUAAAAAAUUGGCAGAAUCUACAGGUUCGGCGGCGCACUCGAAACUCGAUUGGAAACAGCGAUGAUGAAAGAGAUCUGGAGUCCACUCCACUGAUUGGAUCUGGUGCCGAGGAGAGUCAUUAUUACCAACUAACGCACAAAUUUGAAUUGGGUGAAAUGGCUUCAUUAUUUUUCAACGACUUUGGACGCGUCCUAUUUUAUUUGUGCUUUAUUGUUUAUCUCUUUGGAGACUUGAGCAUUUAUUCAGCAGCGGUAUCUAGAAGCUUGCGCGAUAUUAUAUGCGAACACGAUCGCUCAAAUAGUUCAGAUAUCUCGAUUGUAGAAUCGAAAACUAUGUACCAGCCUGGUAAUUUCCAAAGUAAGGGAAACCACACAUGCUGGAAGGAUCAUAGUAUAUCGCGGAUACACAUGUAUCGGAUAAUAUUAAUUGCGUUUAAUGUGAUUUUCGGUCCAAUCAUACUGUGUGGCAUUCAGAAAACGAAAUAUUUGCAAAUGUUGACUGCGAUCUUCCGUUGGCUGGCGUUUACAUUCAUGAUCUGUAUUGCCACAAAGUUACUCAUCACUGAUGGUGCCAAGGGACAUCCUGUUGGCGUCAAUUUCUAUGGAUCUCCUCCGUUAUUUGGCGCUUGUGUCUAUUCGUUUAUGUGCCACCAUUCGUUGCCUAGUUUAUUGGCACCACUUAGAAAUAAGUCAAAGGUAUCAAAAAUUCUCUCAUAUGAUUACAUUGUCAUUUGUAUGUUCUAUAUUGUUUUAGCUAUGACAGGCAUUUUUGCAUUUGAGCACGUUGAAGAUCUCUAUACACUCAAUUUUCUGCCCGAUCAAGAAAACUCAAAAGAUUUCUUGUCUGGUUUAUAUGUUGUCAUUGACUACUUUCUGUCCUUAUUCCCGGUGUUUACGUUAUCAACAAGCUUUCCAGUUAUCGCAGUGACGCUUAAAAAUAAUCUACAAAUCUUAUUUCUCGAUAUGUCUCGGUAUGAAUCGUAUAAUUUGUGCAUUCGUGCUUUGUUUCCACUUAUGACGAUUUUACCAUCAUUUUGUGUGGCAUAUUUAACCGACAGUCUCUCUACACUUGUGGCAUUUACGGGCAGCUAUGCUGGAACUGGAAUUCAAUAUAUAAUACCAGUUUGUUUGCUAUAUUUCUCAAGGCGAACGUGUACUGAGCUUUUGGGUAGUGGUAUCGUUAACCAUUUUCAGAGUCCGUUCAAAUCAAAUGGAUGGUUAAUAUUGGUUUUAAUUUGGUCUUUCAUUUGUGUCGUCCUAGUGUCUAUCAAUUUGUUCCAUUAA